CGUAAUGCCGGAAACGAUGCACGAGACCCAAAGGCGUGGAUUCCCCGCGCCGCACUUUUCCUUUUUUGUCUUCUCGGGAUCAAAACAAGAUUAGCGUUCGACUUCUCUCUUGAGCCGAGAAAAAAAAAAAAUAAAUGUGCUUUUUAGCACAUUAGCGAGAUGCGCAGUGGCGCUGGCUCGCUUCUAGUCUAAUUAUAGCCGCUCUUCUUUCUGCCUAUUGCAUUAUGGAUGGCGGCGGCGGAUGGGGGGUUCGGUCCAGAUAGCGUGGGAAGGAAGACAGAGUCGUCUGAAGCGAGGUGCGACGGGAUGCGGCGGAUGUGAACGAUGAGGGAGUACAAGGUGGUGGUUCUGGGCAGCGGCGGCGUGGGCAAGUCGGCCCUCACCGUUCAGUUCGUCACCGGAACCUUCAUCGAGAAGUACGAUCCCACCAUUGAAGAUUUCUACCGGAAGGAAAUCGAGGUGGACUCGUCGCCCUCGGUGCUGGAGAUCCUGGACACGGCCGGGACCGAGCAGUUCGCGUCCAUGCGGGACCUCUACAUCAGGAACGGACAAGGGUUCAUUCUGGUCUACAGUCUGGUCAACCACCAGAGCUUUCAGGACAUCAAGCCCAUGAGGGAUCAGAUCAUCAGGGUCAAGAGGUACCAGCAGGUGCCGGUAGUCCUAGUGGGCAAUAAAGUGGACCUGGAGGACGAAAGGGAGGUGUCCCCUAGCGAGGGCCAGGCGCUGGCAGAAGACUGGGGCUGCCCUUUCAUGGAGACCUCCGCCAAGAGCAAGACCAUGGUGGACGAGCUGUUUACCGAAAUCGUGAGGCAGAUGGAUUUUUGCCCACUCCCGGACCGUCGAGAGGCCUGCUGCCCCGCCUGCAGCAUCCAGUAGACACUCGGAAAGCAGAUUAUCAGGGGCUUCCCGUGCCAAAACCGCCGUCAAAGCCAUGGACAAACAUCCGGAGACGAGAAGAAGACCAUAUCCGGUCUAGCUACGGACUAACGAUUGUCUAACGGUUUGGGAUGAAUGUCCUAAAUGUGGCAAACGCGUGCAUGAAAUCGGGACUCUGGCGCCGAUUCGGAGGACAAUCUCACCCAAAGAGACGAUGUCAAUCAGUGGUUGUUGAAAUGUGCAGACACUUUAGUCCUUACAGAUACAAAUGCCUUGUAUGACUGAUAGUUAGUGGCUCUCAUUAACACUUAUUUUGAAGGAAAGGAAAUAAACCUUCAUGCAC